AUGGCAAAGCUUAUUCUCCUCACAGGUCUUGUUCUUGUACUGAAUGUGCAGCCGGGCUCUGCCUACCAGCUGACAUGCUACUUCUCCAACUGGGCCCAGUACCGGUCAGGCCUGGGGCGCUUCACGCCUGACGACAUCGACCCUUGCCUCUGUACCCACCUGAUCUAUGCCUUUGCUGGGAUGCAGAACAACAAGAUCACCACCGUCGAAUGGAAUGAUGUGACUCUCUACCAAGCUUUCAAUGGCCUGAAAAAUAAGAACAGGCAGCUGAAAACUCUCCUGGCCAUUGGAGGCUGGAACUUCGGGACUGCCCCUUUCACUGCCAUGGUUUCUACUUCUGAGAACCACCAGACUUUCAUCACCUCAGUCAUCAAAUUCCUGCGCCAGUAUGAGUUUGACGGGCUGGACUUGGACUGGGAGUACCCUGGCUCUCGUGGGAGCCCUCCUCAGGACAAGCAUCUCUUCACUGUCCUGGUGCAGGAAAUGCGUCAAGCUUUUGAGCAGGAGGCCAAGCAGAGCAACAAGCCCAGGCUGUUGGUCACUGCUGCAGUAGCUGCUGGCAUCUCCACCAUCCAGUCUGGCUAUGAGAUCCCCCUGCUGUCACAGUACCUGGACUACAUCCAUGUCAUGACCUAUGACUUCCAUGGCUCCUGGGAGGGCUACACUGGAGAGAACAGCUCCCUGCACAAAUACCCGACUGACACUGGCAGCAACGCCUACCUCAAUGUGGAUUAUGCCAUGAACUAAUGGAAGGACAACGGAGCCCCAGCUGAGAAGCUCCUAGUUGGAUUCCCUACCUAUGGACAUGUCUUCAUCCUGAGCAACCCCUCCAACCAUGGAAUUGGUGCCCCCACCUCUGGUGCUGGUCCUGCUGGGCCCUAUACCGGGGAGUCUGGGACAUGGGCUUACUAUGAGAUCUGUACCUUCCUGAAAAAUGGAGCCACUCAGGAAUGGGAUGACCCUCAGAAAGUGCCUUAUGCCUAUCAGGGCAAUGUGUGGGUUGCCCUUGACAACGUCAAGAGCUUCGAUAUUAAGGCUCAAUGGCUUAAGAGCAACCAAUUUGGAGGCGCCAUGGUCUGGGCCAUUGAUCUGGAUGACUUUACUGGCACUUUCUGCAACCACGGCAAGUUUCCCCUAAUCUCUACCCUGACGAAGGCCCUCGGCCUGCAGAGUGCAAGUUGCACAGCUCCAGCUCAGCCAACCCAGCCAACAACUACUGCUCCCAGUGGGAAUGGGAGCGAGAGCAGCGGCUCUGGAAGCAGCUCCGGAGGCAGUGGAUUCUGUGCUGGCAAAGCCAAUGGCCUCUACCUGGUGGCAAAUAACAGAAAUGCCUUCUGGCACUGCGUGAAUGGAGUCACGUACCAGCAGAACUGCCCGGCAGGACUUGUCUUCGACACCAGCUGUGAUUGCUGCAACUGGACAUAA